AGGAAAAACACUGGGAAGAGCUUAUCGAAACUAAUUUGGAUCUUGAAUUCUUUAAACAUGUCAUCCGAGAGGCGUUAUUUUUGGAGCGAUGUGACCGAUACAGAUCCAAGAGAUCCAAGAUUAUCACCAGAAAUUCAAAUCCCAAGAUGCGCGGACACAAAAAUUGCAUUAAGUUACUACAAGAUAUCUGGACGAAGCUGGAUCAAUGCUCCUCCAGAUGCCAUCGUUUUCAAUGCUCAAAAGCUCGUAGCCCGUACACUAGUUUACGCUAUUCUUUCUGCUGUCAAGAAUUCAUCCAAAAGGGGUCAUUAUACCACGUUGAUGGCCAAGCUACUUUCAAAAUUUGGUGUCCCAAGACAUGAGCAGCAGGCUCUUCUUGAAAAAAUAUUUGGUGUGAUUGAUGUCAUGGUCCCUGGGAGUCAUAUUAUUGUGUUAGUAGGGGAUGUGACCGUCCAAACCUUACACAGUGCAAGCAAUCUUGACGUAGGGGAUGUGACUCUACCCUUAUGGAUCAAUGGAAGAUUUAUUGAUGAUAAAAAGUUUACUGAUAAUCAGCAUAUUAUGCAUCAUUGGGAUUUGGAGAAAGUGGCACUUGAUAGUUUGGAAGCUGCUGUUAGACAGAUGCCUUGUACUAUUUGUAUGGAUGACCUUGAUCACGUUGAUGCUGCAGAAGAAGGGAAUGAUCAUCAGCGUAUCAUUGCUCGCUUGCCCUGCUCACAUAUCUAUCAUGAAGGAUGCAUUGUCCUGUGGCUCGAGACUAAUCACAUCUGUCCCUUGUGCCGAUCCCCAGCUGUGAAGGCAUCUAAAUCUUCUUUGAGGCUGCAUUGGCCAACGCUCAUGAUGUCUGCGGUUGGUGUGCUGACUGCUACACUGAUUCCCAGAUUGUUUAACCGGAACCAAAGAUGAAAUAUCACCAUUGAUAUCAUGUAUUAUGCAGUGCUAGUGGCCAUGGAUUUGGCUGUUAAAUUAGCCUCUUCAAAACAUUUGGAUUUCAGUAGAUGGAUUUAGACUGAAGUUAACUCAUUUUGUGUGUGUGUGGCAAUUUAAAUUAAUCUGGAUAAACUUAGUGUUG